AUGGCGGCGCUGGGCCGGGUGUGGGCGCGGGUCGGGGGCCGCAGCUUUUCCCUGCUGCAAGGUUUUCCCUGCCCGCUGCUCUCAAACCCUCUGGAGCCUCUUCCCAGGACUUCCAGCUCCAUUCCGAUUCCAGCGUGGAGUUUCCAACAAAUCCGUGGAAGAACCCGAGGGAACGAAUACCAGCCCAACAACUGGAAGCGGAAGAAGACUCACGGCUGGAUCAAACGGAUCAGAACGCCCGGCGGGAUCGCCGUGAUCCUGCGCCGAAUGCUCAAGGGCAGGAAAUCCCUUAGCCACUGAGGGACGCUUUGGAAUUCUCCGGGAAUUCUCCGGGAGUUCGGGAUGAUCCCGCCGAGCCAUGGAGGUCGUGGCCAGCUCUGCUGUCCCUGUCACCUGCGUGGCCUCGGAGGGGUUUGGGACGCGGUUGCUGCUCCAAUUGUUAAAUUAUCCUCGGUUUUCCCAUGUGUUUAUUCCCUACUUUUUGUUUUUGUUUAUAAACGUGGGAAUGCGGAGUGUGGUUCAAUUCCA